UGCCAAGUGUUUGUUUUAGUUCGAAGCUACAGUGUGUGGGGAUGAUUAUUUUCGCUAAUUUAGUUUAAUUAUGUUGUGAAUAAGGGUGUAAAACAGGUCAGUAAGUCGUAAAGUUGUCAGUGACGGCAAUGUAAUAAAUGCUUCCGGAAUAUUCCAGAAGAGUCGCGAAUUUAGAAAUUUAUAACCUUUAAAUAUAAGCAGCUCGAGCACGAAAUCGCAGUUCAUUUGGCUGUCGGUUGUUGCGCGCUUAACUCCGCAUUAUUUUCGUUUCGUGUGACAAUCGGGUGUGUUUCUCCACCCUAGUGUUUAAAUAAAAAAUCGCCAAAAAUGGGAAAAGAUUACUACAAAAUCCUCGGACUUAGCAAAGGCGCCAGUGACGACGACAUCAAAAAGGCCUACCGAAAACUCGCCCUUAAAUACCACCCCGACAAGAACAAAACCCCUGGGGCCGAGGAACGCUUCAAAGAAGUCGCCGAAGCUUACGAAGUCCUCUCUGAUAAGAAAAAGCGCGACAUUUACGACAGCUACGGCGAGGAGGGUCUCAAGGGCGGAGUUCCCGGUAACUCCGGUUUCGGCAACUCCAGCUUCAGUUACACCUACCAUGGAGACCCUCGCGCAACUUUUGCCCAGUUUUUCGGAAAUGCAAGUCCCUUCGCGGCUUUUUUCGGCGGAAAUCACAGCAUGUUUGGCUUCCCGGACGACGAUAUGGACGUGGAUGAUCCCUUCGCGUCCCUUAACGUGGGGCCGACUAGGUCGGGCCCGGGCGGGGCUUUCCGGAGCCACUCUUUCAAUUUUCAUGGUACCCCCAAUCGUAGCAAGGAUAAGGUCCAGGACCCGCCCAUUGAACACGAUCUCUACGUCUCGUUGGAGGACAUCACCAAAGGGUGUACCAAAAAAAUGAAAAUCAGUAGGAAAGUACUACAAGCGGAUGGGACGGCCAAAAAGGAGGAUAAGGUGUUGACGAUAAAUGUGAAGCCGGGGUGGAAGGCGGGGACGAAAAUUACAUUCCAACGCGAGGGUGACCAAGGGAGGAAUAAAAUACCCGCUGAUAUUGUUUUUAUCAUAAGGGAUAAGCCGCAUCCUUUGUUUAAACGUGAAGGUAGCGAUAUCAGAUAUACGGCGAAAAUCUCACUCAAACAGGCUUUGUGUGGAUGCACGAUUGAGGUUCCUACAAUGUCUUCCACGAAGAUACCUCUACAUUACACGUCGGAAAUUAUUAAACCAAAUACGGUGAGACGUAUCCAGGGAUAUGGUCUUCCCCUACCUAAAGAGCCCUCACGCAGGGGCGAUUUGAUAGUUAAUUUUGAUAUCAGGUUUCCUGAUACACUCACACAAUCGGCUAAAGAUAUACUAUACGAUACUCUUCCUAAUUAAGCAAAUUCUUUGAAAGGAGUAUAAGUGUUUGUACGUUUUAGUACAACGAGUGAAUGAGAUAUUUUUGUAAUUGAAUGUAAAUAAUGCUUAUUAAAAAACUGUAUUAUAACGCAACCGCGGGUCGGAGAUGUAUUUUUAAGUCUGACUUGCAACGCUCAAAGAUCUAAUUAAUUGUACAUAAUCGUCGAAAAAGUGUAUAUAAUUAAAGCCGACUCAGUACAUGAAAUCGCCUUGCAGAUAUUAUUUAUUUUUUUAAAAGAUUUUAAUUUGUUGUUAUUGUUGUUCCUAAGUAACGACGCGCUAAAUUAAUGACUAAUUAUUUUGUAACUUGAGAGUAAUAAAGAAGUUUAUUUAAAAA